CAUGUCGUACAUACGUAUCGUCUAAGUAGAACAGUGAAACUGUGCUUCACGUUACCUUCAGACUAGUUUAGUAAUCAAUCACCGAUUGUUGUGUUCGCAGGAAAAGUAUUAUUCGUGUUGUUUAACUUACAGUAAAAAACCCUAUAGGAAAAUGUGGAGGAUUGCUUUCUUUUUCACCAUUUUAGGAUGUGCCUUUGCUCAGAAAGCUGCUACAGUAAGUCUCAGCGAUCCUACAAAAACGAACAAUGUCACUGGGUCUGUAAACUUUGUUAAAACAUCUGAUGGCAUAACUGUAAUAGGAACAGUAAGUGGACUAACCCCUGGAAAUCAUGGUUUCCAUAUUCAUACCCUCGGAGUAAUUUCUCCUGACUGUGCGGCAAGUGGAGCUCAUUUUAAUCCAGAAAACCACACUCAUGGGGCCCCAACUGACACAAAUCGGCAUGCUGGUGACUUAGGCAAUAUAUUUGCUGGCGCUGAUGGUAUUGCACUAAUCAAUAUUACCGACAGUGUUAUUGAUCUGGAAGGUACCCAUAAUAUUAUUGGUCGUGCCGUGGUAGUCCAUGAACUUGAAGAUGAUUUGGGAAAGGGGGGAUAUGAUGAUUCUCUUACAACAGGACAUGCCGGAGGAAGAUUAGUUUGCGGAGUAAUAUUGGAGAAAUCCAGUUCAACAGUAUUUCCUGCAAGUUACAUGCUAAAUAUGGUCAUUCUAGGAGUAAUGUACGGCUUGAAAGCACUGUUCUGAUUUAAAAAAGUUAAUAUUUGCCUCUUCAAGUGCAAAUAACGUAUCUCAAGAACGACGGAACGACUUUCUAAACAAUUUAACAAAUAAUAUCUCACACGUUUAAAAAAUUAUCUUCUCAAUAUAUUUGUGUAAACUGAAUAAAAAGGACAUUUCUGA